AUUAAUGGUGACUUUUAUGUGUUAUCAUUGUGAUCGUACUUUAACAAAACCUUAAGUUGAUAAACAUGUAAGAACUUAAUGUAGAAAACCUCCAUCUUUAAUUUGUAUUGAUUGUAAAAAGACAUUUACAAAUGAUCAUGUUGAACAUGUUUCUUGUUUGACUGAAAAACAAUUGUAUUGGGGACCAUAUGCUAAUGUAUCUAUCUUAUAAAAAUAUAAGGGGAAAAAGCCUUAAUAAAAAUAAAAUAAUCCAUAACCAUAGUUAGAUAAUACUCAAUAGAAGGAACAAGAAAAUACAAAAGAAAUUGAACCAAAAAAAAAUUGGAAGGGAUGGAGAAAAUCCAUUGAUGAAUUUAUUAAAUAAAAUGUAUCAGAUGAAGUUCGACUAAAUGAAGUGAAGGAAAAAUUAGUUUAGAGAUUUUUAUCAAUAUUUCCAGAAUAUGAAAAGGAAUAGGCUGAACAAUUAUUUGAUGUUGCAGUAAAUAGAUAUUUUUUAAUUUAUAUAGAUUAAAUAAAGCAACAAAUAUUAAGUUGAAUAUGUGGGUUUUAUAGUAAAAAAAGUAAAAUAAGAAUGAAAUUAUGAUUAUAUUUUUGUUAUUAG